AUGUUGGUGAUUUCGCUGUGGGCUUUAGUUCAGUGUUCGCCGUUUGAUGAUGGAAAAUAUAAACAUAAGACAUAUGAUUUUUACGACGACGGAAAGUAUUACAGGCCUCUAACCGAAGGGAAAUAUGUACCGACUGAUGAAGGGAAAUACACUUAUAUAUAUCAAAGAGGAGUUUAUCCCUAUGACGGUACCUACAAACAUUUAGAAAGAGGAGAUUCAAAUGAUUACAUUGGCUACCAAAUCUACGCUCCUCGGUUCCCGUUCGUUCACAAUGUGAUUAAGUCAAUAUUAAGGAAAUAUAUCUCACCGGACAUCAUAGUUAUCGGUGAGGGAUUAGAAGAAAGUGCUGACAGCAUAAACAAUGUUAGAGCUGACGACGAAAUAGCUAUGAAAUGCCAUGUCAUUGAUUCAGAUGCCAAAAAUAAAACCGAAGUUGUUAAACCUUUCCCGCCCCACCUAAACAUUAAGGAAGGUGAGAAGUUGGGUACAAUUUACAAUUUCAAAGGAAGCAAAGUGUUAAGUCCGGCUAAGGAUCCAUUAACAAAGAAAGUCAAAUUAGAAUACGAGGUGUUCGUGAGGAUUGUAGAAGAUUUUACAGAGUAA